AUGGAAAAUCUGUCCAAAUCCAGACUUCCACAGUUUACGCAAGAAGAAAUCGAAUAUAUUAAUGGGACCUACGAUUUUCUGGGAGUUAAUCAUUAUUAUACAUCAAUUGUCAAAGAUACUAUAGAAGCUGCAGAAAGUGUUAUUAGUUACAAUGCGGACGUCAGGACUGAAGUUACUCUUGAUGCCGCGAUUCCGCAAGGGAUUUACAAUGUUUUAAAAUGGUUCGAAGAACAAUAUGGUCCAAACGAUGUUAUAAUGACUGAAAUAGGAUUUGGAUUACUUGACUCUGACAACAAUAUAAACGAUACUGUGCGAUCCGACUAUUAUGCAGAUUUCCUGUGCAAAAUCUUCGACGCUAUCGAUAACGGUGUUUCAGUUGAUGCAAUUAUAUUUUGGAGUUUAUUGGAUAGUAUCGAAUGGUCUUCAAGUGAUAAAAUUCGUUAUGGAUUAUUCUACGUUAAUUUCGAUGAUCCUGCUCGAGUUCGAAUACCUAAAGAAUCCUCCAAAUUUAUUCGUGAGUUAAUGGAAAAAAGAGAACUACAAUGUGGAAAAGCAAGAAGAGAUUGGCUUGAUGUACCGAUAGCAUCAUCUACUCAUCAUAAAAUAAAACAUUGA